CGUUACCGCCUGGGGUCGUCAUUACAUCGAAAUGACCAUCCGCGAAAUCGAAGAAAAAUUCGGCUUCAAAGUUCUGUAUGCGGAUACCGAUGGUUUCUAUGCGACCAUUCCGGGUGAAAAACCGGAACUGAUCAAAAAGAAAGCGAAAGAAUUUCUGAACUACAUCAACAGCAAACUGCCGGGUCUGCUGGAACUGGAAUACGAAGGCUUUUACCUGCGCGGUUUCUUCGUGACCAAAAAACGCUAUGCGGUGAUCGAUGAAGAAGGCCGUAUUACCACCCGCGGUCUGGAAGUUGUUCGUCGCGAUUGGAGCGAAAUUGCGAAAGAAACCCAGGCGAAAGUUCUGGAAGCGAUCCUGAAAGAAGGCAGCGUGGAAAAAGCGGUUGAAGUUGUUCGCGAUGUUGUUGAAAAAAUCGCGAAAUACCGUGUGCCGCUGGAAAAACUGGUGAUCCACGAACAGAUUACCCGCGAUCUGAAAGAUUACAAAGCGAUCGGUCCGCAUGUUGCGAUUGCGAAACGUCUGGCGGCGCGUGGUAUCAAAGUUAAACCGGGCACCAUCAUCAGCUAUAUCGUGCUGAAAGGCAGCGGCAAAAUCAGCGAUC